AUGUGCAAGACCGCCUUCUUCAAGUCCCCCCGCUGCGGCUGCCGCUGGUGGCGGAUCGCCGAGCCGUGCGGGCCGGGCAUGGGCUUCAGCACCUGUGGCCGCUUCUUCGACGGCCGCUGCAAGCCGGCACCGCCGUCGUACCGGGCCUGGUCCGAGCCGUGCCCGACGCACGACCUACUCGGCGUCUACGACCGGAACCAGGUGAGGAUGGUCCUCGGCCUGCACAACGGCUUCCGCUUCGGAACGGGCCCGAGCCUGCGUGAUCCAGGGGUCGAGGUUAGCGGCCAGCGGCAUUCAAUGGCAUAUGUAGCCACCACAAUGCUCCCCACACCAGACACCUCCCACGUGUCUUAUUCACGCGUCUACGAACCAGCAGAGGACUCCUUCCUCCUGCUCGACACUCUCUCCUCCGCCUCAGAAACAGCCUUCCUGAGGUCCCGCUUCUCACAUGCGCAACCCCCCACAUCAUCCACAUCAGCAUCACCCACACCAGCCACCACCACCACAACAACACCAACCCCACCACCACCACCACCCCCCCUCAUCCUCGAAGUAGGCUCCGGCUCCGGCGUCGUCCUCGCCUUCCUAACCGCCCAAGCGCGCCCCCUCUUCGGCCACACGCGCGUCCUCUCCGCCGGCGUGGACGUCAACCCCUUCGCCUGCGCCGCCACCGCCGAGACGGUCCGCAAGGCCGUCUCCUCCGUCUCCGUCUCCUCAUCUCACGGCUCGGCAGCAACAGCGGGCCAGUUCCUGGACGUCGUCCGCGCCGACCUCGCCGCGCCCCUGCGGCCCGGCCUGGUCGACGUGCUGGUGUUCAACCCGCCGUACGUGCCGACGGCGGAGAUGCCGUCCCUGCCCGCCUGGGACGACGACAACGACGGGAAGCAGCAGUCCGGUGCUGCGUCAGAGGAGCAGCAGGAGCGCCUCCUAGAGCUGUCGUACGCGGGCGGGCGCGACGGCAUGGAGACGACGGACCGGCUGGUCGAUGGGUUGCCGGGAUUGCUGUCGGCGCGCGGGUGCGCGUACGUGCUGCUGUGCGCGCGGAACGGGCCCGAGGCCGUCAAGGAUCGGAUACGCGGGUUCGGGCCCGCGUGGAGGGCCGAGACGGUCGGGACUAGUGGGAGGACGGCUGGGUGGGAGAGGCUGCAGGUUGUUAGGAUUUGGAGGGAGGGGGGUGAGGGUUAA